UAAAUUUUAAUCCAUCAACAUACAGAGCACAAGAAAAAAGGGAAAUCUAAUUUCCCUGAUUCUUAAUGAAUAAUAAGGGAAAAAGAAAAGGAAAAAAUAAAGAAAUUGGAGACCACGUAGCUCACACAGAACAGCACAGUAGCAGCUGUGGUUAGAGAGAGAGAGAGAGAGAGGAGUGAACCGACUGUGUGUCGCAGAUCGACUGGGUUCGUCUCUAGAGAGAGAAAGAGGAAGGACUGUAGAGAGAGAGAGAGAGGGUGGGAGCGUGAGGUGGGGGAGGUAGAGGUAGAGAGGUGGGGGAGAGAGAGGGAGAUGUCGGACCUGGACAGACAGAUAGAGCAGUUGAAGAGGUGUGAGCCGCUCAAGGAGUCGGAGGUGAAGGCUCUCUGCCUCAAAGCCAUGGAAAUCCUUGUCGAGGAGAGCAACGUCCAGCGCGUAGAUGCCCCCGUAACUUCUUUGCGCAGAUUUGCGGGGACAUUCAUGGCCAAUUCUAUGACAUGAAAGAGCUCUUCAAAGUCGGAGGCGACUGCCCGAAGACCAACUACUUAUUUUUGGGGGAUUUUGUUGACAGGGGGUUUUAUUCUGUCGAGACGUUCCUCCUUCUACUUGCUCUGAAGGUCAGAUACCCUGAUCGAAUAACACUUAUCAGAGGAAACCAUGAAAGUCGGCAGAUUACACAGGUAUAUGGUUUCUACGAUGAGUGCCUGCGAAAAUAUGGCUCGGCGAACGUUUGGAGAUAUUGCACUGAUAUAUUUGAUUAUCUAAGUUUGUCUGCGCUCAUCGAGAACAAGGUUUUCAGUGUCCAUGGUGGUCUCUCUCCUGCCAUAUCGACACUAGACCAGAUCCGAAUAAUUGAUCGGAAGCAAGAAGUGCCUCACGAUGGUGCCAUGUGUGAUCUGUUGUGGUCUGAUCCCGAGGACACGGUUGAUGGGUGGGGCCUGAGUCCGCGAGGUGCGGGUUUCUUAUUUGGUGGCAGUGUUGUCACGUCUUUUAACCACUCGAACAAUGUCGAUUACAUAUGCCGAGCACACCAACUUGUGAUGGAAGGAUAUAAGUGGAUGUUUAACAACCAAAUAGUCACAGUGUGGUCCGCCCCAAACUACUGUUACAGGUGUGGUAAUGUAGCUGCAAUUCUUGAGCUCGAUGAGAACUUGAACAAGCAAUUUCGGGUGUUUGAUGCCGCUCCGCAGGAAUCGAGAGGGGCCCCUGCCAAGAAGCCCGCACCAGAUUACUUCUUGUGAUUCUUCAGAGCUCAGACUUUUCUUCCCACUCGAGAUAGCCGAAAUUUCUCGGAUCAUGAAGAUGAUGCAGUGAGUUGUAACAUGGAGAUGGUUGUCUGACCUCUCUACGAAUGUCUCCACACCGAAGUCGGGACUGCUUCCGGGUCACUGCUAUUAUUGAGAGAGUGCCUUCCAUUUUUAUUUUUUUCCCCCUCUUUUUCUCUACCCAUCCGUGAUGUUUUAUUUUCAAUUGUAUGUAUCCAUAGUUCCUUCGUUGUGUGUGAUGAAGGCUGGUUGAUUCAAUUGAAAACCCCACCAUUUUUGUUUGAUUGAUGAAGAGAUGAUGAUGAUGUUUACGGUAGUUAAUUUCCAUAGAAAAUUUGUGGAAUGAAGAACACAUAAAGAGAGGAUUUUUAUCACUA